AGUUAUUAAGUAAGUCCGUUCCCCACCAUUUUUUAGGUUAAAACAUCAUCAGGAGGAAUUGCGAUAACAUCAUGCGGUGACCAAUGAAAUUAAUUUUACGAACUUUGUCGAAUUACUACGGCUUUAAUCGACAUACUCAAAAUGAACAAUAGAAUAGAAGAGAUGCCGGAUUUUCAACGACGCAACUUUACUUCCCAUAUUUUUUUUCCUGAAAUAAUUUACUGGCAAUUAAAAUUAUAUAAGUUAAUAAAUAUAAGGAUAUUUAUAAUUACUGAUAAUCAAUAUGUAUAUAUAUGAUGUAUAUAUAAUAUAAUGUAUUGUUAAUAAUAAUCGAUGACGAAUAAUAAAAAAAAAAAAUGAAACAACGAAUGGCAUCAUCUCCCGCCGUUGAGAUCCGAGCGAGACGCCAGAGCCAACAUGGCGGCGUGACAAAUAAUCUCUUGUCUGCCAGAGUCAAUGUUGAAAAAAAAAAACUAUAUAAUUAUUGUAUUUUAAAAGUAGUAUAUAUGAUAAAUAUUAUAUUAUAACGUUGAUAAAUUAUUAUUUUGAUAUUUUAAAUAAGUAAUUGUUUAAUUUACUUAAAGUGAUAUUUAAAUGUGAAUUUGUAUACGUGACGAGUUUGAAUUUUUACCAUCGCAAAUUCACCCGAAAUAUAUAUAUGUGUGUGUGUAUCAUACAUGCAUGUGUGUAUAAAUCUGGAAAAAUACAUAUAUGUGUUUAAAUAUAAAUUAUAAAUGCAAACAUGGUUUUAAUUUUAAAUUAUUCUGUUAAAAUAAAGAUGUUAUGUUUUGCGUCGUGAAAAUAUUACUCUGAUAUAUUUUUAUUGAUUUGACGAAUAAUGUCGUCGAUACAAAGUAAAAUGCGAGGUCGGCCUCCGAAAUCAAAGAACUCCUGUACGUGGUGCAAUGAAACUAAACAGCCUCUUAAAUAUGUUCUACCAACUCAACAUGGAAAGAAAGAGUUUUGUUCAGAGUCAUGUUUAUCGGCAUUUAGAAAAGCUUAUGUCAGAGGAGCUUGUGUACGUUGUGAUAAUGUCAUCCGAGGAUCGCCAAUUAGAUUGGAGCAAAAAGACGGCCCAACCAAAGACUUUUGUUCUCCGUUUUGUUUAAACAAACAUAAGACGAAGGAGAUUCAAGCUGAAGCUAAAAAAAACACAAAUGAUCAACCGUCACCAGCAGCAUCACCUGCUCCGUCUGGAUUACCCAGUAGUAGUGGUACGAUACCACAGUCAUUUACAACAAAUAAUGGCGCAAAUAGUUCAACAAAUAAUAAUAAUAAUAAUACUAAUACUAAUAAUAAUAAUAAUAGUACUACUAGUAAUAAUAAUAAUAAUAAUAAUCCAGCGAGCAUAUCGCAUGCACCAUCAACGUCUACAGGUCCAUUUCAAUAUGAAACUUACCAAACAUUUGACUGGGAUCUUUACCUCAAGGAAACAAAUAGUUCAGCAGCACCCGCAGAAUGUUUCAAGCAGCACGUGACGCCUUCGGUAAAUGAUUUUAAAAUAGGAAUGAAACUCGAAGCACUGGACCCGAGAAAUUUAACGUCAACGUGUAUAGCAACAGUAGUUGGUGUACUGGGGCCCAGAUUAAGACUGCGGCUGGAUGGUUCUGAUAAUAAAAAUGACUUUUGGCGGUUAGUUGACAGCAACGAGAUCCACCCGAUAGGUCACUGUGAAAAAUCUGGUGGCAUGCUCCAACCCCCACUGGGCUUCCGCAUGAAUGCUUCUAGCUGGCCGAUGUUUUUACUGAAAACUUUGAACGGAGCUGAAAUGGCGCCAGCGAAAGUAUUCAAACGUGAACCAAAAACACCCAAGACAAAUCUGUUCGAAGUGGGUCACAAACUUGAAGCGAUUGAUAAAAAAAAUCCACAGCUCAUUUGUACGGCGACCGUUGGAGCUGUCAAAGACGAAAUGAUUCAUAUAACAUUUGAUGGAUGGCGAGGCGCAUUUGAUUACUGGUGUAAGUAUGACUCGAGAGAUAUAUUUCCAGUUGGUUGGUGUUUCAAGAGCGGCCAUCCACUGCAACCACCUCGGCAGAAAGCCACUGGACAGAACAGGUUCAAAUCGCGGACCAGUAAUGUGCUCCCAGUGAUGGCUGUAUCAGGUAAUGGAGCAAGCGGAGAACCAGCUGUUGCUCUGGUCAGUCCUGCCGGUUCUAGUGCACCACCGCAGCCUGCUACUGAACCAGACACAAGUACUGCUAACAACAAACCCCAUGUACUGGACAAUGUUACUCUGUAUGUCAAUCAUAAUUGUUCAUGCGGACCGUACUUUGAUCCUAAGAAAGUAAAAGCUAUACCGUCGAAAUUCGGAAGUGAUACCAUUCUAAAUGUCAUCAGAGAUGUAUUUCAAACAUUUUUAAUGGCAGCGAUGAGUCCAAGACAAAUGUUGAGUCUAUUUAAACGUGGGGAAGGUGACUGCGUAAAUCUUUUACUCGAAGCCAAAACAACGUCUAUAAGAUUGCCGGUAUUUGUUGACGAAGAAGAUUUUUACUCCUACAUAAGGCGGCAGCUGGAAGAUUUGUGUGCAUGUGAGCACUUGUUAUUCAAAAGACAAGAGACCUGCGAAAAAUGUCUCAGCUCACAGCAGUCGAUUAUCAUUAAAAGAGAGGAAAAUAGUAAUCCGACUGCUGAAAAACGUCGAUGGUCUGUUGAAAAAUCACAGACUUCUACUGCACCUCAGCAACAACCGGCGCAACCACAGCAGCAGCCUCCGCAACAAAAAAAUCAAACCAUUGUCACAACACCUGGCACCACCAGCAUUGAUUCUACUCAGCCGACACCUCCGCCAGCUAAGCAGCCGAGGAAAUCAGUGCUCGAACUAGAAGCAGCGACUUCGACUACGCAAUCUGAAAGUUCAGCGACGCGUAUCUCUUCAACGGAACCUGCUGAAUGGACCAUUGAAGAUGUCAUCCAUUAUAUCGGAGUUAUUGAUCCUGUUCUUGGUCAGCAUGCUGAUCUUUUUCGUAAACAUGAAAUUGAUGGCAAAGCUUUGCUGCUUCUUAACUCAGACAUGAUGAUGAAGUACAUGGGUUUGAAAUUGGGACCUGCAUUAAAAAUAUGUAAUUUAGUUAAUCGUAUCAAAGGUCGAAGGCAUGUGAUGCUUUGACUUUCUCAGUCGUCAGUAUAAAUUUUUUAUUUAGACAAGAAAAAAAAAAGUUGAAGUUAAAAAUAA